GAAAAAGAUAUUACAAUAUAAAGGGACUAUUUUUACAUGUGAUAAAUCAUGUGAGCUUUUAAAUUGUAAAAUGGCGAUACACUGGUUGUUGAUAUUUAUAAUUUGUUGCAUAGGAUUGCAUUUAAGUAAUGCAAAAUAUACUCCUGAUUGGGAGUCUUUGGAUUCUAGACCGUUACCAAAAUGGUAUGACGAAACCAAAUUUGGAAUUUUCAUAACAUGGGGUGUAUUUGCUGUUCCAAGUUUCUCCUCUGAAUGGUUUUGGCCACACUGGAAAGCAAAACACCCAAAUCAGGAUAUUGUAAAUUUUAUGAAAAGGAAUUACCGACCUGAUUUUACCUAUGCUGACUUUGCUGCAGAUUUCACAGCAGAAUUCUUCAAUCCAGACGAAUGGGCAGAUAUAUUUAAAGCAUCAGGAGCAGGAUAUGUCGUUUUUACGACUAAACAUGGUGGAGGAUUCCCCAACUGGCCGUCGUCUCAUUCUUUUAAUUGGAAUUCAAAAGCAGUAGGACCUAACAGAGACAUUGUUGGCGAUUUGGCUGAAGCGAUACGAAACAGAACGGAUAUAAAGUUUGGAACAUACUACUGCCUUUCAGAAUGGUUCAAUCCACUUUAUCUUAAAGAUAAGGAGUCGAAUUUUACAACCCAAAAUUUUGUAAAGACAAAAACCAUGCCAGACCUGUAUGAACUUGUACGUAAUUAUAAACCUGACAUUGUAUGGGCUGAUAUGGUUGAUGAUAUGGGACCUUCCUCAUACUGGACUGCUAAAGAAUUCCUUGCUUGGUUGUUCAAUGAAAGUCCAAUGAAGGAUACUGUUGUUACAAAUGACCGAUGGGGCCCAGAUUGUAAAUGCAAACAUGGUAGCUACAAGACAUGUACAGAUAAAUUCAAUCCAGGUGUAUUACAGAAAUUUAAAUGGGAAAAUUGUAUGACAAUAGACAGAAGGUCUUGGGGAUAUCGCAGAAAUUCCAACAUUGAAGACUACCUGAGUGUUCAUGAUAUCAUUUCAACUUUUGCGUCUACAAUCAGUUGUGGUGGUAACAUGCUUAUGAAUGUCGGACCAACAAAGGAAGGGAAAAUCAUGCCAAUAUUUGAAGAAAGACUCCGUCAGUUUGGCCAAUGGUUGAAGGUAAAUGGAGAGGGAGUUUAUGGUACGGUUCCAUGGAGUCAUCAGAAUGAUACAGUAACCAAACAUAUAUGGUAUACUAAACGGAAAAUGGAUAGCAAAGGAACUGUAGUUUAUGUAUUUCUUCUUUCUUGGCCUACAGACACAGUUUUCAAAUUAGGAGCUCCGAUCACAUCACAACAAACAGAAGUCAGCAUGCUCGGUUACCCAGACAAAUUUAUUUGGAAAGCUGGCCCAGGAGGCCAAGGAAUUUAUGUCACUAUACCAAUUAUACCAUGGAACAAAUUACCAUGCGAAUGGGCAUGGGUACUUAAAAUGACUCAUAUAACAAAUUAGACUAUAAGUUGGAUAUGAUUAAUGGUUUGGAUGUGUCUAGUCAUAUCAAUGUAUUUGUGCCAUAAAUAACAGUUGUCAUCAGAGCAUAGUACAGGUCUUUAAAGCAUAACUUUGUUUAAAAUAGAAAUUCGUUUGAGAUAACAUAAAAAUUAUAAACUUUGACCAUUGAAUGGUUAAAUGGAUAACAUAUGAUCUUUUCAAAACAUGACGUUGUUUAUAUUUUUAUUAUGUUUCUUUGUGGAACUUUUUAUAGUUUUUGUGGAACUCUGAUAGUUUUUACCUUCCCAAUAUUUCUUCCAUUCAUUCUUUUUCGUGCACUUUGUAAAAUACUUGUUAACAAUUUAUAUUUGCUGAAUUGUCGUAUUUGAAUCUCAGUUUAUAUCUUUUCAUGUAAACCGUCCAUGUGGUAUUUAUCUACGUUAUAAGUUCAUAAAUAUUUGUCAGUACAUUAUCCAAAUGUAUUAGUUACUUAAUUUCAUAAAAAAAGGGGACGUUGUAAUUUUCUGGCUAUGGGUAAACCAUCCGAUCAGGUUAUCAAAAAAUGAAUAGUUUUUAUAUAUAUAAAAAAAAAAGGAGUGUCUCCAUAUCUCGACAAUACUGAUUUUAAAUUAUCCAACCUUUUAUAAAAAAAAAAAACUAGCAGAAAAGAGUACAAUUUCCAAGGUUGAAUUGAUUAAAAAAAUUACUUGAGCGUCGGAAACGGAGACUUUUUUUUGGUAUUUGUUCUUGAAAUUAUAAUUUGUCUUAUUUUGUUUGUAUAUUUUUUGUCGUGUCUGUGACCUUUGUAUAGUGUUCUGACAAUGUCGGUUAGCAGAUUAACAUUUUCUUUAUCAAUAUUUCUUUAAUCUGUUUUUAUAUUUACUGUCUCUUUGUAUUAACAUUUUUAACAUUUGCAUUAAUAUUUCUUAUUUUUCUUGGUCAUUGAUAUAUUAUAUAUCGUUUCUGUGUGUGGAACAUGUUUAAUAAUCUAGUGUGUUUCUGUUGUGUCGUAGUUCUCUUUUAUUUGAUGCGUUUCCUUCAGUUUUAGUUUGUUACUCGGAUUUGCCUUUUUCUAUCGAUUUAUGAAUUUCGAACCGUUGCCUCUGUCUAGCAAUAUGCAGUUUGCUAUUUAUAUACGUAUACUGAAUAAUUAGUAAUUUGCAGUUUACUAUCCAUAUACUGCAUAGUUUUUGUAUUGUGAUCUUUUUUUACUACACUAUGCAAUAGUUUAUAAAUAUUUGGUAUAUGGAAUUAUUUUAUGAUGUACAUGCCAGUCUCGCAGAUUUUAUUUAACCUUGACCUCAUUUUCACUGUUCGUUUAACAGCGUUAUUAUUUGAGUUUUGGUCUGUUUUGCCUUAAAUUUUAAACAAUAGUCAACAAAAUUUGUUGUAUGGAAGGAUUGUAAGGUGUAUAGUUCUGUCCGGCAGGUAUCAUCUGCUCUUCAGCUCUUUUUUCAUGGUUCAUUGAUUAAUGUAAUUUUUUAAUGGUUAAGUUUUUUUUCGUAGAUACGAUAAGCAAUAGGUCAAACAUAUGUAAUGUUAAGAUCGAUUGUAAGGUGUAAAUGUCCAUCUGGUAUGAAUGAUAUGGUUCAUCUGACCUUGGUCCCAUUUUCAUGGUUCAUGCAUUGGUUAAUGAUUACUUUUCCUGGACAAGUCUGUUUCUUAGAAACUACUAGAACACACCCGUGGUAUCGCAGGUCCGUGACUGAAUUAAAGUAUAUAACUAUGCGUAAGCCUUAUUUUAGUUUAAGUUUUUUUAUCUGAUGAAGUUAUGCCGAUUAUACGAUACACAGUUUUCUCUACUUUCAAAUCUUUCUGUUUGAACCCGUCGAACUGGAACUUAUCAAUUAUUGGUUAUAUUAAUUAUUUGAAAAACAAAAGGUCCUGGAAUGGAGUAUUUUUAAUCAACGGCAUUGUCAAAUAUUAGUCCUAAAUAAAGUUGAAUUCUU